GUAACAACUACUAUGCGGCUUAUGCCAGCCAUUUUCCAGUGGCAUUGUUGGAGUAGUGAAGUAUUGUUUAUUUUCGGCGUGUCUCAUGUAAUUUUGGUCAGCUGUAUUUUGCAAGGUCUUGGAAGGCCCAACGGUACCGACCGGCAGUCGUGUCAUCCUCAGGCCACAGGCGUCACUGGCUGCGGAUAUGAAGGGGCAUGUGGUCAGCACAUCGAUCUUCUGGCCGUAUGUCAGUUUAAGAGACCAGAGCCGCUACUUCUCAAUCAAGUAGCUCCUCAGUUUGUCUCACAAGGGUUGGGUGCACCCCGCUUGCCAACAGCGCUCAGCAGACCGGAUGGCCACCCUUAGAAGUGGUAGCCCAGCCCGACAGCGCUUAACUUCGGUGAUCUGACGGGAACCUGUGUUACCACUGCUGCAAGGCCGUUGGCUUAAACGUUAUCAUACAUUUGUAUUAUUA